GAGUUGGGUAAAAAUUUCAGGGUAGUAAAAAUAAUUUGUAAUUGCAAAAGUAAAAUUGAUUUGAGAUACAAUUUUUGAAAAAAGGUUAAACUGUGGAUAACAUAAAAAAUGGAUGAAUGGUCAGUCUGCAGGCUCUGUCUGCAAUCCAAUGAAGAUACUCUGAAACGAUUCCCGGAAGGGGCAUACAACAUGGUUCCAUAUUUGAACAUCUUUUUUGAACUAGUCGGGGUUACACUGAGAGAAUACCCAUCUUUCCCCGCAUUAAUAUGUUCUACAUGUGAGAAUCAAAUGGUUCAGGCAUACAAAUUCCGGGAGAAAUGCAUUGAGACUGAGGAUAAAUUGAGGAAUAUGUUGGAUGAGAGGACUGGAGAAAUGGAUACAUUUGAGUUCAUAACAGAUGCGAAGCAAAAUACUUCACUGGAAACUAAGUUAGUCGUCCAAGAUGAUGGUAAUGUAAGUGAGAAUCAGAAACUUAUUGAAUAUUGCCAGAGGAGGUACAUAAACUUUGAGAAGAAAUUUGCUCCAGAGAAGAUAGAGAAGCUGAAGAAAAAAACCAUUCAGUGCAAAAGAUGCAAUGGAUUCUACAAGGGUAUAGAUCUCUUUAAGUUUCACAAAUGUUUUGAAAAUCCCAGUGAAAGUAUCAAACCGAAGAAAACUUUACCAAUUGCCGAACAAGAAUCCGAAGAAGCCAAGGCUGAGGGAAGAAAGAGGGCCCAGUAUGAAGCUUCAAAGAAAAUCUACAAAUGUGACCAAUGUGAUGAGACAUUUAAUCAUGUAAGCACCUUCCAAAUGCACAAAGAUAGGCAUGAAAAUUACCUAAGAUAUGCCUGUGAAUAUUGCGACAAGAGAUUCAUUUCAUGGAUUCAGCGGAGGACUCAUACCUACAAAAAGCAUCUCAAGAAAUUCUACUGCACAUGUGCCCAUUGCGGCAAAGGAUACUACACAACAUAUUCACUAAAGCUGCACAUUGAGAGGAAACAUAUUGUCAAUACCUAUCAAUGUGAAUUGUGCGGAAAAACAUUAAUUACGCGAAAAGGACUUAAGAAUCACAGAUUGACUCAUAAUAACACGACAAAAUUCACAUGCGAAAUGUGUGGAAAGGAGCUCAAGAGUCAUCUUACUCUGAAGCAACACAUCAAAACCCAUUCUGGAGAGAAGAAUUACAUUUGUCCUGUCUGUUCUCGAGGAUUCACCUGCAAUUUCUCUCUGAAGACGCACGUUAGGAAGCUACAUCCGGAUAAAGUGCAUCUCCUGCCACCUGAUGGAACAAUUGCUAACCAGAAAUAUUUGAAAAAACUCGCCGAAGAGCAAGAAAAUGAUAGUGAUUAAAAAACUACGAAAAAAUAAACUUUGAAAUCCCUAAACGCCUUAAGGCCGGAUCACAGAUCUUCUACAUAAUUUUAUUUAUUGUUAGAAAUUUUCUGGUAAUGGCAAAUCCUUAAGGAGCAAGGACAAAGUGUUAUUACUCGAAAUAUUCAACCAUUAAAGAACACAGCAAAUUCCUUCAGCAUUGUAAUAGGGUGGCGGCAUUACUGUGCCCUUUGUCUUUACUUAUGGCCUCCUCGCAAAAAACUUUACAAUGGCACAAAAUGAUUUCGAAAAAUCUCAAGAUUAAACAUAUUUAAUGUGUUAUGAUGGAGAAAAAUUACGACAAAGCCAUAAGUUUAGUCGCCACCCUAAGUUUUCGAUAUUUAUAGCAAAAUAAUCGAAAAUUAAAUUUACAUCAAAAUUAUUGCAAUUUAUGAAAUGUGAGAAAAUAUGAAUUCCUAAAAAUUAACUGGAGAAUAGUAAUUUGGUUUAACUACGAAA